GAUAGUAUCAGCUAAAAUGAAUUUUGGUUGAAGGUCAUAUUAACUUGGAGUACGUAUAUGAUGAGAAGGCGGGUGUUACUCAUUAUGAGCGAUAUGAUACUAAAUUAUAGCAUUGAUUGAAGACUAGUCGAUUCCAACCGUACCCCGGUUACGUGAAAAAAAAUGGGUGAUGGCGGAAAAAUGUUGAAUUUGUUAUUAUCUGAGUUUAAAAGUUGUAAUGAGGGGUACAAAAUGUACAAUCAUGCAAAAUAUUUAGUUUAGGGGUUGAGAAAAAAAGGUUGGAGACCAGCGGUCUAUCCUAUAUAAUUAAUGGUAGUAGCAAAAUAUAGGUCCUAUAAGUAAAUGUGUAUAAUAUAGAGCAGAGAUGGGCAACUGAAAGUAAUUAGUGGGCCAAUUUUUAAAAAAUUAAAAUUUAGUGGGCCAGAGUAUAGAGAGCAAAAAAAAGUCAUUCAAAAUAUACAUUUUAAUUUAGCAUAGACGUAGCAUAAUAGAGUAUAGACGAUUGACUUUGGAAUUGUAUGAUGUAAAUUGAAAAUGUAGCGCGGGCCAACUAAAAAAGGUUGAUUUUAUUAACAAUUGACCCUAUACUGCAAAACAAUAUUUAUCUGCGCGUGAUGUAAUAGGAUUAUCUAUUAUAAUUUUUGCAUAAAUAAUUUAAGAUGACAAUCUAAUAUACCUACUUAACAACAAUAAACAAGAAUUGAAGAUAAUAACUUGAUAGAAAUACCUCAAAUACCCGAUGGCCUGUAAUAUUGAUGAUGAUAAAUUAAAAAUAAUUUUUUAUAUGAUAAGAAAAUAACGAUAUUUAUAAAAUAUAUGCCUACAGAGAGUGUAAACGAAGAAGGCUUUAUAUGUAAUCAACAUCAACUCAUUAACUGUUUUCAAAUCCAAAAAUACUCGAAAUAUCAAUAAGGUACUUAAAAAAAUAUAAAAAUUUAAAAUAAACCUAUACAUCAUAUACAUAAUAUAUAAACGUGACGGCCGUACUCGAAGCGAAACUCUGUACGGUAUAUGACGUAAUCUGCGUUAUAGUAAUAACGAAUAGUUAACAAUACCGAGAAGCGCGUUCUAUAUAACGCUAAAAAAAUAACAUAAACGCCGUGAGUGGAUGCAAUUCCUCUCAGUCGUGCAUUCGCGCGUAUCAAGUGCGUGAUCGCAGAACCGGGAACAAUACGCGCGAUUACUCAAGAAUCUCGCGAAGAUGAUUUCGUGGACCAUCAACUGUCUAUCCGAUUCGUUUACUGUCAUAUGCACUACUGUGAUCGGUGUACUGUUUUAUUAUUAUUCGACGUCCACGCACGGCAAAUGGAGGAGAGCAAACGUGCCGCACGCGAGACCGGUACCGUUGUUCGGCAACUUGUUCAGAACGACGCUGGGGCUCGAAAGUGAAAAUGAGACGUUCGAUAAAAUUUACAAACAAUUUCCGGAUAAAAAAAUUUGCGGUUUGUACCAGAUGAGGACGCCGUACUUGAUGAUUCGAGACCCGGAACUCAUAAACAACGUGCUCAUCAAAGACUUUGCGCACUUCACGGACCACGGAUUCAAAAUGGACCCGUCCGUGAACAUUUUGGCGAGCAGUUUGUUUUUCACGAAUGGCCAGAAGUGGAAGAUCAUGAGACAAAAGAUGAGCCCGGGAUUUACAUCCGGUAAACUCAAGCUGAUGCACAGUCAGGUUAAAAAAUGCAGCAAAGACAUGAUUGACUAUAUCGACGAGAAAUCGAAGACGACUGAUCAGUUCGACGUGCACGAUAUCAUGAAUAAAUACGCCACCGACGUCAUAGGGACGUGUGCUUUCGGUUUGAAAUUAAAUAGUAUGAUAGACGAAGACAACGAAUUUCGAAAGUGUACGAAAUUAAUAUUUAAAUCGUCGUUUAGAAUGAUUGUUGCCAACCUGUUGCAAAUGGUUUCACCGAAACUUGCGAGCAUUUUAAAAAUAGGAUUCCACUCACCGGAAGCUAUGGACUAUUUUAAUUCAACAUUUAGAGGUGUAAUCGAAUAUAGAGAAAAGAACAAUGUGAAUAGGAACGAUGUGGCACAGACACUUAUUCAAGCUAGAAAAGAACUUGUACUAAAUAAUAUCUCGUAUCCCGAAGAGAAAUUUACAGAAAUGGAUAUAAUUUCAAAUGCGAUUUUAAUGUAUUUGGCUGGUGCCGAACCGGUAUCCGAUACGUUGGCUUUUUGUUUAUACGAGUUAGCGAUGAAUAAACAUGUACAAAACAAAUUGCGUGAACAUAUUAACAAGACAAAAGAAAAACACGGUGAUGAAUUUAGUAACGAUUAUCUGAUGGAUCUUCAUUACGCUGACAUGGUUAUAACAGAAACAUUGCGUAAAGUCAACGGAACUAUUAUUUUGUUUAGAAUAGCUACUAAGACUUACCAAAUCCCAAACUCGUCAUUAGUAAUUGAAAAAGGUCAACAAAUAAUAAUACCGAAUUACAGCAUUCACCAUGAUCCAAAAUAUUAUCCUAAUCCUGACGUUUUUGAUCCGGAAAGGUUUUCUCUGGAAGAAAAAUCCAAACGACCUAGUGGCACUGAAUUGUUGUUUGGCGACGGACCUCGAUUUUGUAUUGGUAAACGCUUAGCUGAAUUGGAAAUGAAAUUAGGUCUCUCAGAAAUAAUUUCGAAAUUUGAAAUAUUACCGUGUGUAAAAACUGAAAAUCCUAUUAAAUUGGCGAAGGCUGGAGGUGCUAUUAAACCAAAAAAUGGAAUUUGGUUAUGUCUAAAACCAAUCGUUGUUUAAUGGUGUUAUUUAAUGAUAUAGUAUUUCGAAUACAGUUUUGUUUGCAUUGUUCAAUUUAUCAGAAUUUUAUAAAUAUUUAUUUAGUAUACUCGAUGAUAAAUAUUUGAAUAUGCUUGAUUAUUUUUGAAUCAAUAAUGAUGGUUAAUGC